AUGGUUUCCUUCAAGCUCUCUACCGUCGCGCUGUUCGCGCUGCAGGUUCUCGGUGCCGCUGCGGCUGUCGAGGAACCCCUCGCCGGCAAGGCCGCUGCCGAGGUCAAGAUUGACGUCGACACCAAGUUCCCCGAGGCCGACAUCUUCGGCCUCAAGCUCAUCAACGGCCGCGCCACCAAGGCCAUCGUCGAGAUCACCAACCAGGAGGACAGCCCCGUCCGCGUCUCUAUCCUCGGCGGUGCCCUCGUCAACCCCCAGCCGCUCCCCGAGGGCGUCCCCCCCUCCGCCAACAUUGUCGUCAACCUGACCACCGUCAGCUUCGAGAGCUCCAAGGACGCCGUCCUGCAGCCUGGCGAGAAGCGCGGCUACCCUUACAACUUUGUCCUCGACCUGCAGCCCCGUGAGCUGCGCCUCGACCUCAUGGCCAUUGUCACCAACGCCAAGGGCCAGCUGUUCCAGGUCAUUGCCCACAGCGAUACCGCCACCAUUGUCGACCCCCCGAUCAACAUCUUUGACCCUCAGAUCAUCUUCCUCUACGUCUUCCUGACUGGUGUGUUCGGUGCCACCCUGUACUUUGUCUACAAGACCUGGAUCGAGGCUCUCUUCCCGCAGGCCAAGCGCUCCAGCGGCGGCCGCAAAGCCCGCAAGGUGGCUGCUGCUGCUGAGGCUGCCAGCGCCGACGCACUGUCCGGCAACGAGUCGACGGGCGCUGGUACCGGUGCCGAGGACUUUGACGCCAGCUGGAUCCCCGCCCACCAUAUCAACCGCCCCGUCGCCAAGCGUGUCAAGAGCGGUGCCUCCAAGAAGAAGGCCACUGCCGAGUAA